AGAAUUUUGAAGAAACAACGAGACUACCAACAAUGGCUGCCUCUACCGCCAUAACCGCCGUAGCUUACGGAGCUUCGUAUCUAGUUCCUUCACGAAGCGCAUUUGCAAUCUCUUCGCGGAGAUUCUCUUCAUUCUCGCCGUCGAAAAGGUUGAACCUCAGUUAUCUGCAGCGGAGAGUCAGUGCACCGUCACCGAGGCGCGUCGUGGUUCGUGCCGCCAGAACUGAAUCAGGCGGAGUAAAUUUAGGAGUUAGAGCUCCCAAUUUCGAGCUCCCGGAGCCGCUCACUGGAAAUUUAUGGAAAUUAGAUGAUUUUGAGCUGUAUCCGUGUCUACUUGUUAUGUUCAUCUGCAAUCAUUGCCCGUUUGUGAUUCACUUAAAGAAAGACAUUGUAAAGCUCUCCAAUUUCUAUAUGAAGAAAGGUCUUGCUGUUGUUGCAAUCUCUUCAAAUUCUGUAGUAACACAUCCUCAGGAUGGGCCUGAGUUCAUGGCAGAAGAUGCAAAAGCUUUCAAGUACCCAUUUCCCUACUUAUAUGAUGAGUCACAAGAGGUUGCAAAGGAAUUUGGAGCUGUCUGUACCCCUGAGUUUUUCUUAUAUAAGAAGGAAGGUCGUAGGCCAUUUGAACUGGUCUAUCACGGCCAGUUUGAUGAUUCCAGGCCUAGCAAUAACAUUCCAGUAACUGGGAGGGAUCUAAGCCUGGCGAUUGAUCUUGUCCUUAGCUGCCAACGAAUACCAUCAAACCAAAAGCCAAGUGUCGGUUGCAGCAUAAAGUGGCAUCCAGGAACCGAAUCGUGAGCGAAGACAAUGAUUUUACUUAUAAACUGCCGCGCAGCAUUUUUUUCAGGUUUGUUCCGAAUCAAAACUGAAAGGAGAGGAGAAGGCAAAGCAGAGAAACUAUAAAAGCCUGGCCGCCAAAAGAAAAUAUAUUAAAAGUGUAAGUUGUAUCCAUUAUUCAAGAUUAAUAUACAAGUAAUUUAGUCCACGAAUCCUAUUUCGUCGGAUCGUUCAUGUAUGAUAUAAAUUCAUGAACAAUAUAAGAAUGAGUUUUAGUGUAAGUAGUACGUUUUCUGUAUUUAAUAAA